UGUCCAGUGUAAAAAUAUCAUUGGCUACUCCACUGUCACGGGGGUUCCCUGCCCUAGAUUGCAGGGGUUAGACAAUACAUUUGAAGUCUAUCGCUUUAAAUUCCAAUCUCUGAUACAGCAGAGAUCAUAAAGUCUGUCAGUAGAGGGUGAGAAAUAUUAUAAAUUACACCUGAAAUAUUCUUCAUAUUUCAGAGUAUAGUCUUUGGCGACCAGAAUCGUUUAUAGUCAUAGUUAUUUAAUCACUGUGUUCAAUUAGAUAGGUAUUUCAAAAGCACUUGAUAUUGAUUACCAAAGAAAUGGUGAUGGAGAAGCCAAGUCCCCUGCUUGUAGGGCGGGAGUUUGUGAGGCAGUAUUACACACUCUUAAACAAAGCACCUGAUUUCCUGCACAGGUUCUAUGGAAGGAACUCCUCCUAUGUUCAUGGCGGACUCGACUCCAACGGGAAGCUUGCAGAAGCGGUGUAUGGCCAAGCGGAAAUCCACAAGAAGGUCCUGUCCCUGCAGUUCCAAGAAUGCCACACGAAGAUCAGACACGUGGACGCCCAUGCCACUCUGACUGACGGCGUUGUGGUCCAAGUGCUGGGUGAGCUCUCCAACAACGGCCAGCCGAUGAGGAAGUUCAUGCAGACUUUUGUGCUCGCUCCAGAGGUGCGUAGUACGGGUUCCGUGGCAAACAAGUUCUACGUACACAACGACAUCUUCCGCUAUGAGGAUGAGGUUUUCGGCGACUCUGAGGCUGAACUUGAUGAGGAAUCUGAAGAGGAGGUUGAGGAGGAGCAGGAGGAGAGACAGCCGUCCCCAGAGCCACUCCAGGACAGUCCUAACAGCACUACUUACUACGAGCCUCACCCUGUCAUCAAUGGUGUUGAGGAGCCCAUGGAGGAGCCGGCUCCAGAGCCUGAGCCCGAGCCUGAACCGGAGCCCGAGGUAGAGGAGCUGAAGCCCGACGUGGAGGAGAAGGUGAUGGAGGAGCUGGAGGAGAAAGCCCCCUCCCCGGUCCCCAUAGAGUCCCCACCCAGCACCCAGGAGGCCCCCAAGACCUUCUCCUGGGCCUCGGUGACCAGUAAAAACCUGCCUCCUAGCGGUACAGGACCCUCCUCUGGAAUCCCCCCCCAUGUUGUUAAAGCACCAAGCUCACAGCCCAGAGCGGAGACCAAACCUGAGAGCCAGACGGCCCCUCUCCGGGGACCCCGGGACCAGCGCCCCCGCGACAGACCAGCCUUCGUACAGCGAGCAUCCAGACCUGAUGGUGUUGCACCUUCAGAAUCACAAACCGGGAAACCCCACUUCAGUUUUGUCAACAAAGGUCGGGGCGAGGCGGACCCUGGUGAGAUGGACAGCAGAAGGAUCAUCCGGUACCCAGACAGCCACCAGCUCUUUGUGGGCAACCUCCCUCAUGACAUUGACGAGGCAGAGCUCAAGGACUUCUUCAUGACUUUUGGCAAUGUAGUGGAGCUGAGGAUCAACACCAAGGGAGUCGGAGGAAAGCUGCCAAACUUUGGAUUUGUGGUCUUCGACGACUCUGACCCUGUCCAGAGAAUCCUGGGGGCGAAGGUAUGGGGGCCCAUCAUGUUCCGCGGCGAGGUGCGUCUGAACGUAGAGGAGAAGAAGACCAGGGCGGUACGUGAGCGGGAGGUCCGUGGCGGAGGAGACGACCGCAGAGACAUGGGGAGACGCGGCGACAGGGGCCCCGGCGGCCCGCGAGGAGGCAUGGUGGCCGGCAGCGGGAAUAUGCGUGACGGCAGGGGCCCCCCACCCAGGGGCGGCAUGGGUGCUCCCAAGCCCGGCCUGGGCUCUGGAAGAGGAGCAGGAGGAACCGCCGAGGGCCGCUUCACCACCCAGCGCCGCUGAUAGUGCCACCUGCAGUUCGGAAGUAGUACCACGUUCUUCAUCUUCUACCGUUCUCGUUAACGAAAAAAUCUACAUGUAUAAACGUAUAUACUUUUGUUUGUUUAUUUUCGUUUCGGUAAAAAAAGUAUUUUUGGCUUUGGAAUGUGACACAGCCUGUCAACUAUUUCUUCUUUGAUGUGACAGACAAAAAUGAGCAAACGUAAUAUUUGCAUUUUCGCUUUACUUAGCUGUGAGCUGAGCGUCCUUUUCCAGUGUUGUCAAGAAUUCACAAACAUUAAUUUGUAAAUUUGAGGAAAAGCAACCAGGAGUAAUCUGCAACGUUAUAGGAGGAGGGACUGAUAGACUUUUACCUACGAUAAUACAGCCCAUCAUUUGGAAUAGAGAUUAUUAUGCCUCGACUUACCGGGGCGCUACGUCAUGAAACCCCUCUUAAUGCACAUUUUAUAUGUGGGAGUUCUCUGCCUGUUACUGUUGGGAAAGCAUGAGGUGAAUUUCCUGCUAUGGGGGGGCUUGCAUUUAGUUUUUUUCCUUUUCAAAGAACACUGCUUAAAACAAAUUGCAUAAUGCACUCAUCAAUAUGCACUAAUGGGUACUUUUGUCAUGUUACAUUGACAUCCUGGGAACGCAGCUGGUUGAGACAUCUACUGUUGUCUCAAAGCUAAACGACGUGACAAGGCAGGCCUCCACUUCAGGCCUGUUUACUGUGACCAAUAUACUUUUUUUUCUCACAUCUUUCAUCUGCGAACCCAUAACUAUGCUUCAAUUACUGCAGGAAUACAACAAGACACAACAAACCAAUCUACAGAAUGAUUAUUUUCCUAAAUGAAUUUAAUAAAAAGCUGAAAGUUCCUGGACUUCACCGAACGGGGAAAUAAAAGGCUGGUCCACAGACACAAACCAAGCUGACCAAUAGGAGAGUGGUGGUGAUAAUGUUUGUGGAGACUCGCUCCCUAUUCUUUGUUGAUACAAAGUUUUCUUUUUUUAAUUUUUUUCUUCAUGCAUUCCCCCCACCCUUGCCAGAACCGUGAAACUGCCCCCCCUCCCUCUCCCUCCAUUCCCCGUCAAGUGUACGGAGGAACGUAAUAAAUGUACAGCAAAAAUCAUAGUUCACUGUAUGAUUUAAUUCUUUUUUUUUUCAACUUGACUAUAAAAGCAUGAUGGUGCCUUCUAUUUCAUCUUUCCAGUCUUACUAGUGAGUUGAGGUCGGGGUGUCCGGUGUCGCUCCCAGCUCCAGUUGAACUACUCUACCUACUGAGGCCAGGAGAAUUUGCAGUGUUCUUCACAGGAUUAUAAUGUUUUUCUGGUGCACAUUUCACUCUCCCAUAAGUACUGUUCAACUACCUAAGAUGAUGUGCUGCAAGUUGUGCAUUUGUUUAUAGUAUCUGCUCUGGGGUUUUGAAGAGACUAGAGAGACAACAGGUGCCUGAAGUUUUAAUGUUAAAUGUCCCAGAGAUGCGUUAUUAUGUGAAAGGACUCAUUGGAACAUACUAGUCAUGGUGUGUGUGUGAUUCUUGGUUAGUCAAGCAAAUGGGAUCAGUUGAUAGUUUGGAUCUGCAGUAUUGACGAGUGGUUUGCUUAGUAACUGUAACGGACAGUGAAAAUGAAAUGCCCUCUUAAAGGAAACCGUUGUAUUGCACGUCUCAGACGUGGGCUACUAAACGGUUCUGAAUCGGUACGGUCAGUCGGCGCAGCGUGGUCUUUGUCUCGAACGGUGGCACACGGAAUAAGCCCUGGAUCCAAGGGCAUCCGACUGUUUCAUCAACAACAAACAUUUUUCGUUGGCAGCAAUUUUUGUAAAAUGGUCGUCUUAGGUGUGGUUUAGCCUUAGUGCAAACUUGAUCUGGGAUGACACUCACUUUUUUUAAUCCAUUUAUGCGUUCAUAUUUUUUUAAAUGCUGAUGAUAUUCAAUGUGCUGUGUACCGAUUUUUCUAUUUUUUUUUUCCACUAAGGCAAGUCAAAAUAAGAUUUCCAGUACUCUGCCAGUGGAAUGGGAAGUUUUCUUUUUGUGACUGUGUGAAAGGGAAGACCUCGGUUUCAACCUGGAAUAGAAUCGGAGGAGAAAUGACAAAUAUUUUGCACUUCUUUUUUUCUUAUACUGGUCUUCUUGCACUGAAACGGAAAGUUAAAUCUGAUGUAGCGCCUUUUCCAAAAUGUCGUACUGAGGUCUUCCUUGUCAGGUGGUAUUGCGCUAUUUCUGGGACAAUCUGUCACAGUAAAAACACUUUCUACAUCCUACCCCCUUUUUGACAUAGCUCUCAUAAUUCAUUUUCUCGUGGCGUGGGCCAGCUUAAAAAGCCAGUCACUGGUGGUUCCUGAAAUGCAUGCACCUUUUGGUUGGAAUGGAGCGACGCGCCGAACACUGGUGUGUGUGUUAUGGGAAGAGGCCAUUUUGAAAUUGAGCCCCUUUCUCCAGGAACCCAUUGUUGGUCACUGCAGAGCUACACCCCUCCCCAUGUUUCCACAUAUGGACAAGUUUCACAGUUGCCUAUAUACUCAUCAUGUGAGUUUCAUAUUAUGGCUAAGAAAAGGGCACUUACUGCGAUUUUACUUUUGCAAUGGGCAACAAGGGCGAGGAGAGUCAGUCGAGUGGAAUGCCAUCAUGCUUUCUGGCUAGUUUUCUGAUGUCAGUGCUUUAAAACUCAGUGGUGUUAAAAUGUUUAUUGGGAGCAGAUUUGUACUUUAAUUUUUUUUGCUCUGAAAUUUCAGUGAAAACCCCCAUCUCUACCCCCAAGUUUCAAAGGACCCCCUAAAGCAAAGGCUGUAAACUUUUUCCACUGUUGAAAAAUGCUGUAGAGUGGAUUUAAAUGUAUAUCAUUCCAGUCCUCUUUUCAGUGGAAUAGGAUUUCCUUCCUGGCUUUAGCAAGUGUGGUACGCUAAGCAGUCAGUUGGUUGCCAUCUUAAUUUACUGUGUUUACCUUCUACUUGUUUGCUAGUAGAAACAAAAAAAUGUGUUGCAGAUGGAGCAAAUUUGUUUUAGUUUUCCAUUUUGAAUGUGUUUGGACUUAACAUACAAUAAACUACUGAUAUCUGCA